AGAGCAGGGAAGAGCAAGACUUUUAUGGCAUUAUGACAAGUCACGUUGACACUCACCUUAAUGAAAUCUUCUUCCUUUAAAACCCUCUCAGAACCCAUCAAUUGGAUUUCAGUCCCUUUCUUCGGAUGCCCCUGUUUCACACAAGGCGAGCUGUGAGUGGAUUAGACUUUCAAUGAAUUCAGGGGACCCGCUUGGUCUAUUUCUCAUCGUCAUCUUCAAUUUAAAUCAAUCUCUGCCUCUCUCUAUGCGUGCGGAGUUUUUUAGUUGUUUGUUUUGAUCCGAGUGUGUUGUGCUGUAUUAAGAGGUUAAGACUCUGAAAUUGGUAUCCAACUCAAAUCCACCUCUUUUCGGGCGUUUUGGUUUUGAUUCUUGCGGUGUCUUUUUUUCUUUUCGGGUGUGAUCUUACCAAACAGUGCUUGUGUUUCUGCCUCUGAAAACCUCUCCCCAGUGAAAAUCUAGUGACAGCUGCAUCCAACUGAUCUCUCAUUUUGUUGGGGAAUUCACUGUAUGGAGAUGCCAAUGGCAACCAAGAAGCGUUCUUGAUGUUUGUUCUCUGCUCAUGUGGAAUUGCUUCUAACGACCAGCUUUCAAAGCUUGUGGCCUGCAGACCAUACAAAACUUCUUCUUACUUCUCAGAAAUCAUUUUAUAAAGCCAUUAAGCAGCAAUUUCGUCUUUCGCAGGUGGAUCUUAAUUCCUUUUGUUGUUCCGAUUUUCACUGCUGUUGCAUUGUCAUAUCUUGAAACCCAGCUUUGAUUAUUCUCUUCUUACAAUACAAUGUUUUACUUCCUAAUAUCCCUUCUCUCCUUCCUCAUCCUUUCCAAGUCCUUUACCAGUAAGCCUCUCUCUCUUGGAUUUUGGUUGAACCUAUCGAGUUCAUCAAUUUUGGGAUUAAAAAAUGCGGCAGCGGCUUCAGUCUCUAUAAGGUCCCUUUAACUCCAACUAUGCCGUUGAAGAAGCAGAUUUCAGCGUCAAAGUUGGAUGAUGAAGGUGAGGCAGGCAAGAUUUCGCUCUUGGAUUUGCCUGAACUGCCACUGGAGAGUAUCCUUGAGCGCCUUUCACCGGCUGAGUUAUGUAGUGUGUCAGCGGUGUGCAAAUCUCUCAGGGAUAGAUGUCAGAGUGACUAUUUGUGGAAGAGACUCAUGAAGAAGAAAUGGGGUAAAGUAAUUGGUGAUUCUGCUUAUCGACAAUGGCUAAGCCACAUAGCUUCCAUAAACACACACAGAAUCUUGCACCAACGCAAUCUAUUUGGUUCCUUUUCAUGGAUUAAACCGAAAUCUCAAAAUGGUGGCCUGGAAAGGAGGAGGGAUUCUGCCAUGGCCUUGUAUAUUUCUCUCACAAGUGGCAAGUUUUGGUUCCCGGCUCAAGUCUAUAACCGUGAGAAUGGUCAUGCUGGGUUCAUGCUCUCAUGUUAUGACGCCCAACUUUGCUAUGACUCUGGAACUGACACCUUUCAAGCAAGGUACUCCCCUCAUGGCCGAUGGGCUGAGGAAAAUAUACCGUGGGAAAGACUGAGAAUGCCACCUAUUGACAUUUCUCCUCAUGUUCUUUAUACCUCUGACUGUUUAGCUGACUUGAGACCUGGAGAUCACGUUGAAAUUCAGUGGAGAAGAAACAAAGAAUUUCCUUAUGGUUGGUGGUAUGGCGUUAUUGGUCACUUGAAAUCAUGUGCAGAGCAUGGGAAUCAUUGCUGCUGUCACCUUAGCGUGUGGGUGACAGAUACGGUGAUAUUGGAGUUCAAGCAGUACAACGCUGGAUCCCGAUGGAGACAAACGGUGAUAAACAGGAAGCACCACAGAGAAGAAGGCAACGAAGUGGAUGGUUUUUAUGGAGGAAUCAGGAAGCUACACAAUGAGGACGAGAUCGCAAGAUGGAACAACCUCUGGCCAAUCAGAACUGUGGAAUAGAUAGCAUGCCUCGUACUGAUGCUUUACAACUUUGUAAAUUUACCCGAAUGUGGGGCACAUUGUUCAAAGAAGUUUUUCCGAUCAUAACUGAUACACAGACUUCAUAAUUUUGUUAGCUCUCGCUUUGAAAGAGUUAUCUGGGUUAGGAUUUAUAGCUUGCAAACAUUGUGAUGCAAUUUAUGUACCGUCACCUGACAUAACAGAUUAGUGUAUAUGUUAGUUACUCAUAGUCGUUUA